CAAAGUAACCGAUGAUGUCAGUUCUUGCUGGUGUUUACAAAUAGAUAGACAUAUGUAAAACAUAAUAAAGCUCAAAAAUGUCAAACAAAAUAAGUGAAUUAGAAAUAAAUGAAAAUAAAGACAGUGAACCAAAAGCCAGUGAAGUAUCGGCAGUUUCUUUUAAAGACAGAGUUAAACAAAUUUUCAGCAAUAUAACUGUUGAGCCAUUUUUACUAUGUUACUUACUGCCAAUGGUAAUCACUGGUAUUGCAGCGCAAAAAUUUAAUAUGAUCAAAGCGUGCCGUGUGGACUUGGGAUAUUCAGAAAGUAUUUGUGAAAACGUUGUUAAUGGUAACGUAACUGACAAUAUAACAGCUGAAGCUACAGAUGGAGCACAAAGAUUAGUAGCUGAUAUGUAUGCGUGGGCUCAGCCACUGCAGACUGGAUUACCAGCUUUUAUCAUUCUCUUCAUUGGAGCUUGGAGUGAUAAAACCGGAAACAGGAAGGCUUUGAUGAUCAUACCUAUAUUAGGAGAAACGAUAUCUGCAUUUGGAUUAUUUCUUGCUACAUACUUCCUCUUGGAGUGGCCGCUGUGGGUCACAGGUUUAAUUGAAGCACUUCCGUCUGCACUCUCAGGAAGCUUCGCAGUUGCUUUCAUGGGAUCAACUAGUUAUAUUGCGGAUGUGACGACAGUGGAGUCUAGAACAUUUAGAAUGGGAGUUGUAUCACUUAUAGUUUCCAUAGGUUUUCCUUUAGGUAUUUCUCUUGGUGGCUACUUGACAGAAGUGCUUGGCUUCUUAACGGUGUUUAUAUCGAUGACAGUUUUAUUCGCUAUUGGAUUUAUUCACACAUUAUUUCAUAUUAAAGAUGUCAGACGUCAGCCACUCCAAGGAACAAUUUGGAGCAAGCUUACUCAAUUUUUUAAUUUUGAAAUUUUCUUGUCAUUUCUGAAUUUGUUUCGCGGGAAGAAACUCCUUCGUGUGAUACUACUUAUUUGUGCUUACAUAGUAAUAAUUGGACCAAUUUUUGGUGAAACAACUUUGAAAUUUCUAUACGCUCUCAAAAAGUUUGGAAUGACUAACGCCGGGUUCAGUCUAUUUACAACAUAUUCCCAAGUAAUAGGAAUGGCAGGUACCACAAUUGUUGUUGCUGUAUUCAGCAAAUACUUUAACAUGCAUGACACACUUCUUGGUGUAAUUAUAUCAAUAAGUAAAAUAUUAGGAAACUUUUUCUUUGCCUUGGCUCCAAGCGUUGGAUGGUUUUAUGUCGCACCUAUUAUUGAUAUAUUUGGGAACGCUGGAGGUUUAGUCGCAAAAUCAUUUGGGACGAAAAUCGUCGAAGUUCACGAGAUUGGAAAAAUCUGUUCCCUUCUGGCAUUUGUGGAAGCAAUAAGUCCAGUAAUAUACUCGCCUCUAUUCUCUAAGGUAUAUUCGAAAACCCUUCACACACUGCCGGAGGCUUUCUUCUACCUUGGCGGUAUUAUGACCGUGCCUGGUCUGUUUGCUUUUGUAGCUCUCUACAUCUUGCAUAAAAGAGAUGAAAGAGAUGUCGUGAAGAAUCCCGAAGCGAAGGAGGAGCAUGCACAUGAAAAUUCAGUUACAGUUCUAUAAUCAGCGGCAAUUCCCUGGAAUACAAG